AAAAAGCAGCAAAAAUAACAAAAAAAAAAAAAUAUAUAUAUAUAUAUAGGAAUAUUUAUGGUGGAGGGCGAGAAGGGAAAUCGAGGCUUUUUGAGGAGAAAAUGGGAAAUAGUAUUGGGGGAAGAAAAAGAGUAAAGGUAAUGAAAGUGGACGGAGAGAUUCUGAAAUUGAAGAUUCCGGUUCGAGUUUCGGAGGUUCUGAGAGAUUAUCCCGAUCACGUUCUUAUGGAAUCGGAGGCGGUGAAGCAUUUCGGCGUCAAGGCGAAGCCAUUGGAGCCGCACCACGAUUUGAAGCGGCGCAAGAUUUAUUUUCUUCUCCAGUUGCCGAAGAUCGCCGCCGAUCCGCCGCCGGAGAGGAUUCCGAGGAGAGUUCGUUCCUCCGGCGUCCACAUGUCCGCCAAGGAACGCCUCGAUCUUCUCAUGCUCUCGCGCCGGACGAUGUCCGAAAUCGCCAUCGCUAGACCGGAUUCCUCCGCCGCCGCCGACCCACGGUUCAAUAGCGGCCCGAUGCAGGUCAAGAUGAAGAUUCCGAGGUCGCAGGUCGCCAAAUUCAUGGAGGAGAGUCGGAAUGAGGGAGAAGUCGCGGAGAAAAUAAUUAAUAUGUAUUUGAACGGCGAGGUCAACAGCGGCGGCGCCGGUGGUGCCGACGCCGCCCGCCCGCCGGAGGACUGGAAGCCGAGCCUCGUUAGCGCUAGGGAUCAUUCCAAGGUUCAUCGGGAGAAGCGAGUGAGUUUUUUACCAAGGGAUGAAGGAGAAAUUCGUCUAGCAGCCAAUCACUAGCACAGUAAAACAGUAAAAAUUUUGGAUUAUAAGAAAGAAGAAGAAGAAGAAGAAGCAGCAGGUUUCUGAGAGCUUCCAUCACUUCAAUUUUAUGUUUCCUAGUUUGGCUAUAUUCUUCCAUAUAUCAUGAGGAAGUUCUUAGAUCUUAUACAAAAAGAAUGCAAAUUAAUGGUUCAGUUUUAGUUCAACAAUAUGUGGUGGAGAUUUCGAACACUUGACCUUUAGGACAGAUGUAACAUAUCUUAACUGCUAUCUUCAGGUUGGCAAAAACAAAAAUGUUAUAGUUUAGAUUUUGUACAUAAAUGAAUUUUAUAUGCUUCAAGAAUGAAGGAUGUGAUGUUUUAUUUGUGGGAA